AUGGAAAAUUGUAGAAUGUAUGGCCUUGAACUGAACCCGUUAAUCGAGUUUGACAACUACGAAAGAGGUGUGAAAAUAACAAAAAGGUUGAACAUAAAAAAUAUUACAAAAAAUAUAAUACGAUUUCGAUUUCUGUUUCAAAGUAGUCCUUAUUUUACUUACCCAUUACAAGAGUUAGAAAGCAUUAGUCCUGGUUUAAAUAAAAGUUAUUAUAUUACUUUUUUGAAUUCUUUAAAUGAUUUUCAAACAAUAAAUGAAACGCUAAACAUAUUGAUACAAGACAUAGAGGAGGACAAAAAUAUAUCAAUAAAAUUGACAGCAACACCUCUCAAGUGUGAUAUAAUUUUCCCAUCUGUAUUAAACUUUAAAGAUAUGGUAAUUAAGCAAAAAAGUAGAGAAGAAUUAAUAAUAAAAAAUCAAGGCUCAUUAAAUGCAAUAAUAAAAUUGUCACAUAAAUGUGCAUCAAAAGAAAAAAAGGGGAAAAUUAAACUAGAACCAUCUCAGUUCGUUUUAAGAGCUAAUCAAAAACAACAUAUUCAGAUAAUAAUAUAUACAGAUGUACCUCAAAAAUUCCGAGAAUUUUUAACUUGUUCUAUUAUUGAAGUGCCAAAAUCAGUAGAGAAAAAAUUAUUUUCACAAGAAUCUCCUACUAUGAUGAAUACAACCCUGCACCCAUACGAAGAAAAUUAUCAUAAAGAAGUUAAUGACAUAAUUCAAGUGAUGAAUCAAGAAGAUAUACAAAUAUGUUUAAUAAAAGAAAAAAUUGAGCUAAACUGGGUUUCUGUUUUGCCACAAAUUAUUAUUCUAUCCGAAGAAAGCAAACAAAUUUUCAACAAAAGUGUAAUCAAUUUUGGCCCAGUUACCUUAGGCCAACGGAUUAAUAAAACGAUACAUUUGCAGAACCUCACGUAUGCUCCCAUUAAGGUGAAGGUAGACAUGAUUUCAGCAUCUAUGUAUGUGUGUAUGCUUUUGUGCAUUCUUAUGUGCAUGCAAAUGAACAUUCAUGCUUUUGAACUGUAUGCCUAUUCUUUUCCUGCACUCCAUUUAUAUGUCCCUCUCCUCCUACAUCGCGAUCAAAGGUUGAGAAGCACAAAGAAAAACAAUGUUUUCCAACUUUUGAAAGAAAAGUUUACAAUUAAUGGGUGUUCAAAAGAAGAAAUAAUUUUACAUAUUAACGGACAGAAUCCAGUUAAUGAAUACACAGAAAUUAUUCAAUUCAAAGCAUGCAAAGAUUAUUGUAUUGAGUUAUUUCUAAUUUGUGAAAUUAAAAGCAUAAAAUUACAUUUCUCUAAAAUACUUUACCUUUUUGAAAACCUCAAAUUAGGAGAUAAUGUUACAGAAAAAAUAACUAUAAGAAAUGAUGAAAAUACAGAUGUGCAUGUCGAAAUUGUAAACAUAGGAAAUGUUUUUAAUAUAAAAAAUAAUAAAUUUAUUAUAAAAAAAAAAAGUUAUCAUUCUGUAAAUUUGACAUGUCAUUGUAUAUAUCCUAUUAAUGUGUAUAAGAGAUUAUAUUUCUUAGUUCAUUUAAAUAAGCAAAUUUUUUAUGUAGACGCUAUCUGUAAUUAUUCUAUUAGCUAUCAAAUGUGUCCACUUUCAAUGCAUCACAUAUUUAGAUAUAAGCAUUUAAUUCGUGAUAAACAAAAAUUAUACAAUUCUUAUUAUGACCAGAAGGAUUACAUUGACAUCUGGGAUUUUCCUCUUGAGUUUGAUGCAUACGAGGAUAGUUCAUAUGAAAUGAUAAAUGAGAUAAUGGAGGUGGAAGACGGAGACGUCUUUGUCGUUCCCAGAGAGCUGGAAGUCCUGGAAUCCGAAGAAAAAGAUAUCAUGAUUAUAAAUAAAACUCCAAUAGAAUACACAUGUGUAUGGUCAAAUGCUGUAGACCCACGGAAAAAACAAUUCACCCAUUUUGAGGUCAAACCGGAGGAGGCACAGCUUUUACCUUAUGGCUGUCAAACAUUUAGAGUCAAAAAUGUAAAGACACUGAAGGAAAGAUACAUCAAAGAAACACACGAAUGCAUUAUUUUCCCCUCUAACAACAAAGAUUACAGAAAAUGCAAUAGCAAAACGUUAUUACCACCAAUAUUUCUAUAUGUUACGCUUUUUCAAUUUAAAAUCAAAUAUUUAUGUGAAACAGAAAAUGUGCCCGACAGAUUAUCCUUCUAUCCUAAACAUAUUUCUUUUUUGAAUAUGAUAGAACGGGAAAGUCCUUAUGUUGUUGCAAAGUUUGAAAACAAUUCAGACGUUGCUCAAAUGGUUGAUUUUACUCCCUUUAAGGGUGACAUGGAGGCAAUCCGAGUGUACCCACUAGUAAAUUACGUCCCAAAAAGGAGCUUCCUAAAUGUUCUUAUUUUUUAUUCCCACAAAAAAAUAGAAUUAAAUGAGUCUGAAAUUAAAAUAUAUUAUUUAGUAAAUGGAAUUAAAAAAAAGCAUAUAUCCGUUUUCGUCUCGCGUGAGAUAAACAGCGUCUUAUUAAACAAUGGGGAUCCAAAUAUAAAUUUACAAUGUGUAAGCACCGACACAGAUAGUUCCAAAAAAGUAGUCAUCGAAAAUAUGACAGAAAGAAAUGCACUGUGCAUGUUAAUUAAGGAAGAUGUCAGCAAAAUUGUUGAUAUUAAUAUAGAGGGGAAUAAAUCGAUGUUUGAAGAGCAAAAUAAAGAAGAUAAAGUUGACGAUAAUAUGGAUGAAAUAAACAAAAUAAAUGUAGAUCAAUUUCAGAAUGGAAGCGAAAAGAAAAAUAAAGAAACAAGCUUACUUAUAAAUGAAGACAAAAAAUACAACUUUUAUUUCUUCUCUUUAUUUCCCUUUGAAAAAAGAAAUUUGCACAUCUCUGCUUUUUCUGAUUCCACUUUAAGCAAAUCAAUUCCUUUGCUCUUCGACCAUAUGCUGUAUAUAAAUCAGGAAGAUAUGAAAAAUAAAUUUAUAUAUUUAAAAAAUAAUAUGAAAGAUCAUCUAAAAAAUUGCAGAAGGUUCCUUAUCCAUGUUAACAUAGUAAAAUGCUCCCUCACUCUGCACCCAAAAAUAAUUGAGAGUGAGCCGAUCAUAUCCGGCACUACGUUUAAUGCCAAGAUAAGGAUACACAACGAACACCCCGUUAAAGUAAAUUUUAAGACAAAGACUGAAAUUAGUCAAAUAGACAACAGGAACAUAUUCGCUCAAGAAGAAAUUAAAGAAGCAGAUAAAAAUAUUAUAGCAAAAGAAAGCGAAGAUGUAAUAAAUCCAUUUUCGGAAAAGUAUUCCUAUGUCUCUUUUAACACCAAUCAACAGGGGCGUUUUGUCUACCGCUUUUGUGCUUUCAUGGGAGGUAAAAAAAUGAAAGAAAGGAAACCAACAAUGAGCUAUGUUGACAUUAUACUGAAUGUUGUUAUGCCAUAUUUCCAAAUUAUUGACAUAAACGAUUUUAAAACCCCCCAGUCCAUAUACUGGAAUAUGACUUCCGUAGAUAAGAUAAACAUGUACCUAAAAGAAAACAUAUCAGAAAUAGACAUGGAAUAUAAGAAAAGCCAAGGGAUGGAGAAUAUGAAAAAGUUAUUCAAUCAAUUUAAUUAUAUACCAUUUAACAUUGGAAAUAAUACACUAAAUGAAAUAACACAAGUAAAUUUAGUUUUAUACAACCCACUAAAUGUGCCUCUAAAGGUUCAAAUAAAUAGUAUAAAAUCAUACAUUCUACCUAUUUUACCACCUUACGUCAAAAAUGAAGAAGAGCAGCUGGCCCAUCUCUUAUACGUAGACAACACAUUUCGAAGUUUCAUGAGAUGCUUAGACUGCUGUGAGAUUAGACCCACAAAUUUUGAAAUAAUAGAAAAGGGCACAAAAACCAUUACUCUAUAUUAUAAACAUAAAUAUAUUGGCCUCCACAAUAUGCCAUUAAUAAUUGAUGUUGAAAAUGGAAAAGUGGUUCCGUUAAGUCUAUGUUCCCUCACCUUUCAUCCCCAAGUACCUCCCAUAUACUUGAUGAAUAUUAAGGAUUUAAAUGAACACGUUUUGGGACUAAAAAACGAGUGCAUCAUAAACAUAGACAUACUAAAUGAUAGUGAAUUAGAUAUAUAUUAUGACAUAGAACAAAACAAAAAUUUGGUAGUUUUAAAUCCCAAGGGAGUUAUAAAAAGACGAAAAUAUAUUUCCUUGUUUAUACUAAUUUCGAGACUAUCGCCAUCUAUAAUUAUCGAAACGUUGAUAAUGAAGCCAUACUUCAAGCACUUGCACAAAGAUAUAGAGUUAAACAGAGUACCAAUAGAACUCAAGCUGAAAACCACAGCAGACAAUAUAUACAAAGAUGCCUAUAAAAAAAUCAAUGUGUUCAACAACAAAUGCAUUAAUGAUAUUCAUGGACAAAGCAUCAAGACCUUCUGUUCUAAUUUUGUCCCUCCUUAUUCUUACAUACAUGUAAAGAACAAAUUAUUUUACAUCACUCCCAGUUCUAUAAACAUUCUAUACGCCCCGACAAACUCCAUAGUUGAAAGAGUUGUUAUAAUAAAAAACUACUCAUUAUCAAAAAAUUUAAAAUUUAAAAUAUCCAGUAAAAACACACUUCCAGGAAAUCUUUUAAAAAUCACCCCAAACAAAGGAAUCGUGAAAAAGGAAGAACACAUUGUUCUCAGAUUUACUUUUAUUUUAAGUGAUAUAUUGUUGGACAUCGAAGGAAACAUUCAAAUAGAGCUAAAGUAUGUAGAAAAUGAUGUAUCUCUGAAAGUAGAGCCGCAAGAAAACAGUUGCAUUGUGGACGAUCCAUCGGAAACGAAAAUUGAAGAGGUAUACGAAGACACUAGGGAUGAACGAAGAGGAAACGAAGGAGCUAAAGUUUUACAAAUAUCCAAAAUGAAGAAGAAAAAAAAAUUCGAUGAUAUAACUUUUUCAUAUGCCCAAAAAAUAUUUGAAAACAUUCAGAUGUUCAAAUAUUCAUAUGAAAACAUCAAUAACAGUAUGCUUCAAAAGGCUGUGAGACGAUUAUACGGAAUUCAUAAUGAGGAACCGUCUAAAGAAGAAAAUCCCAAAGAAUCAGUUGAACGAGGAGUUAGUGUAUUUCCUAAGUUUUAUUUUUAUAUUCACAUCAAGUUAUUCACAUGCAAUUCUGACGAUAUAGCAACAGCAAAAAAUAAUUUUAAGAAUUUAGUCAGAACUAAUAUUUACCCUGAAAAGUUGUACUUUAAAAAAUACAUCAAUUUGCCCAUUCCUCUGGAGGACAAAUCGAAAAGAUUUUUUAAAAGACACUAUUUUGAAUUUGAUAAAAUGGAAAAAAUCAAGACUCAAGAUGAAAAGGGAAACCGAAUCUGCUUCAACGAGGAAUUUAAAUAUCAUAAACGAGACAUUUACGUCUGUAUGUUUACGGGAAUGUUUAAAAGCAUAAUCAAGAAUGAUAUAAAGAAACACAUUGCAAUCCUUUCCGAUAUAAACUCCUGUUCGAUCCAAACUAUUGAGAACAUUUUGCGCGAAGAUUUAAUUGAUGUGGUGACAAGGAAUAAAAAGACGGAUUUAAAUUCUCAAAUUAAAUACGAUUACACAUUUUUGAGGCCGGCAAUUCUAUCCCAUUUCUUUUCGCAUAUGUUUUCAGAUAUUAUUAAUAACCUUAUAAAUGAAACUAGUUUGUUUGCAAAAAAGUUGGACUAA